AUGUAUUAUCAACGACAAUCAAUUUAUUUUUGUUUUCUAACAUUUUUUAUACAAUGCGUUUUAUCCGUGGAACAUGCAGGUCAUUUGAAACCAUUUGGUUCAUCUGGUCCUUUCGAACAAAUUGAUGAGUUAAACGACGAAUUUCUUGAACCGAUUGAAUUUUUCGACACUUAUGUUUCUCAAUCUCGCCCAGUGGUUUUUCGUCGCGUGCUAAACUAUGAACCACAUUUAUCUCUAUGGGACUUAGACGCAAAUCUGCUGGAGAUUUUCUCGAAUAGCAAAGAUAUUGUUCACGUUGAAACACGAAAAAAAGAAAGUCGACAGCAAAAUAUCCUCACAAUGACAAUGUCAGAAUUCCUACAACGAUAUCAACAUGAAGAACUCUAUCUUGUAGAAGAAGUACCCAAUCUAUUGAGACAUUAUUUUGUUCUACCCAAAUGUCUUCAAUGUAAACCAGCGUUAGAAACAUUUCAAGUUGCUAUGUUUUGGUACAGUUCGGGCAAUACAUCAUCAGUUGUUCAUACCGAUGAUUAUGAUAAUAUUAAUUGCGUUUUACAAGGUGAAAAACAGUUUAUUCUCGUUGAUCCACAUACAUAUGAAGAAGUUGCCAGCGAGAUCAUUGACAAUCCCACUGGUUCAUUUUCAUCGGUUGAUGUCGAUCGUGUCGAUUAUGAAAAUUAUCCUUCUCUUGAUCAUGAUAUUCAUUAUUACCAAGUGAAUUUAAGUAAAGGUGAUUGUUUAUACCUUCCUUCGCUUUGGGUUCAUCAAGUGCGUUCAACGAAUCGUAAUAUUGCGAUUAAUUAUUGGCUGAACCAGAUGAGAGUUAAGAAUGCAGUUGUGAAUAAGAAAACGUGUGCGUUGAAAAAGCAAUCGCAAUUUCUAACAUUGGAAACAAUUAAAUGGCCAAAGGACUUAUCGGAUAUCGAUCGUUUACGAAAUUUUCUGUAUGAUCUGAUUGAUGCCGAUGUAAUAGGCUUCAAGCAAUGGACAAAAGAAUUUUCGAAAGAGUUAAAUUACAAUCUGAAUUCGAAUGUUGACACUAUUAAUCUCUUUGCUGAAUUAUUUGAUACAAUUGAUGCAAAUGGCAAUGGAUUGAUCACAUUGAAAGAAGUUGAAGUAGCCACUCGGAACGGCAAGAAAUUGAUGGAAGUAUAUGAAAUUCUACAAGAUAUUAUGGAUAUCGUCGAAGGGAAAGUCAAUAAAACUGAAGAGAAUACUCUUGAACACGAAGAUUUAUAA